UGUCCGUCUCCAACGCUAAAGAACGUUUAUUAUUCGUCUUGUUUCUUCAAUCUCCCACGCACUGAUUAAAAAUUCUCAGCUGUAAUUAUCAAAAAUCAGAGCACAGAAGAUUAACUUCUCUCCUGGGAUAAUUACGAAAACACUAACAAAACAAGGAUAUUGUUCGAAUAAUGUGCGAGUCAGUGUCUUCGAAAACAGCGUAACAUUUAGUUUCCACAUUUCUUUUAUUUUUAACAAUAAUUUUGUUAUUUAUUCGUAUAAAAAAACAACAACCUCGUACAAUUGAUCACAGGAGCUGAAUCAAAGGGGGAAAUUCACAAUUCUGGUCAACACAAGAGGCAUUACCACGAUUAUUACGAGGAAUAAACAAGCCACGCAUUUAUUAAGUAAUCAAUAAUAAAAAAACUCAAAAGCUAGUCUGGUGAGUUACAUCCCAACAUAUUGUUCAGUAGCAAACCGUGAAUCUCAAAGCUAACUAACAAUGUCUGUACAAAGUGUAGCUCUAGCAUCUCUAGCAGUCACCUAUUCCGACUCGGAGGGUGAGGAUGAUGUUGAUGUCGAUGAUGAGGCUAAUACAGUACCAUCCCAGGCGACUGCCCCCCAUAAUAAACAGGUUGGUCAGCCCCAGGGUAUCGUCAGUCCCAUAUUUGCAAAGUCAGCCACAAAUUCCCCAACAAUUCCACAGACAGAUAAUUUGAUUGUAAAUGUUACACCGAAAAAGGUCGAGCAAUUAGUUUCGUACGAUUUUGAUGAUUCAUUUGUUCAUCAAGAGGAAGUGACUGUUAUUACAGCUGAAAAUGUCCGGAAUACAAGCGAAAAAUGUUCGGUAUUGCUUCAGGAAGAUAUGAUCCUGGAUGAUCUUAUACCGCCGGAGCCAGAGGGCCAGUGUCCACCAGAAUUGCAGGAAAAAAUCACUGCACUUCAUAGGAAAAUGGAAAUUGAAGGAUUAGACUUGACGCGCGUCAUCAAACAGCGAAAAGACUUUAAAAAUCCGUCGAUUUACUCAAAACUUAUUUCAUUUUGUAGGAUUAAUGAAUUAGGUACAAAUUACUCGCCUGAAUACUUUGACCCAUUCAAGUGGGGACAGGAGUCGUACUACGAGGAGCUCGGGAAGGCUCAGGAGGCAGUCAUGGAGAAACUGGCGAAGAAAUCAAAGUCCAAGGCGGAGGUGACGACUGGUGGCGUUAAACGACCGAUUGUUGCUGCGGUUGCGGUUGAGGAGAGCAAAAGGAAAGUUGGAAAGUGGGAUCAAGUUACUACUGCCACUGCUCCGACGAAGACCACCGUGGUAACAAGCUUGGGUGCGAGCGAUAAAAAAUGUAAAGUUAUCGUGGCUUUUGGCGCUGUACAGAAGAGACGAUUGUGAAUACUGUAGGAUAUUUAAACUAGAUUAAUUUUUGUACAACGAAAAUACCUCUGUAAAUAUGGAAAUAUAUUUUAAUAUUGAAUGUAAUGUGCAGUUUUAUCUUGUUUUAUUAAA